AUGGAUUUCUUCAAUCUGGAGAAGCUGCUGGCUCAGGCGGGCAGUGCGAUCAUCUGUGGGCGGAGAGGCUUCGGCAUUGGCCGACGGUCUGGGGCAUCUGGAGUGGGCGAUGCGUUUCUUUGCGGGCUCGAUGUUUCCACGGCUUAUCCUGGGAAAUCAGUGUGGAUUCAUGAGGGCGGCCUCGAGGCCAUCGCGAUCGUCGACGCAAAAUCUGCGCAGGAUCGCGUCGACAUGAUCGGAUCCCCAGGGGGCCCUGAGGACCGGAGGCGCGCACGUUCGCGGCGCGGCGUCCAGACGGUUGGCUUCUCAGCGGCGGGAGAUCCCCAGACGGCGCGCAGCCUCUUCAAGGCCCUGGCAGAUGCCGAGACAGGCGGCCCAAGCAUGAUGAGCUGCGCGACGGCGUCGACGAGGAUUGUGGCAAAAUUUCCAGCAGGUGCACGCGACGACGGCCCGCGACGCAAUCAUAACUUCAAGGCGACGCUGAGUUACCACAACAGCACGAACCAUGUCCAAAUCAUGUGUCUGGCAGCCAUUGAGGAUGCCAGAGUGAGUCAAGUCUCGGAGGUAGAGCAGAACUGCGCGGACAAGGUCAGGGGCGGUUCGCCCAGCAAGAUGGACAUGCCGAGCGGGCGCGAGCACCUGGGUAAGGGCGCAAUGCAGAUCGGCGUCGCGAAGCAGGAAGAGACGGGCUGCGCCGAGAUCGAGAGGCCCGAGAUCGCGGACCAGGACCCCGCGCAUCAGGAGGCCACCGUCCACGCGGCCGUCGUUAAGCAAAGGGGCGGCGCCAUGAAUAAUCUCGCCCAGACCAGAGCUCUCGCCACGCCAAUGCCCAUGGAUCACAGCGCGAUCAGCAUCCCGGAGCGGUCUCUGGCUGCCAGCGCGGCGGCGCGGGCGCGGGCGCAGCCCGCGUCCAUGACGGUGUUCAACUUCUCGCGGAGGGUAGAUGAGGCCAAGACAGGCUUGAACGCAGGCGUAGCCGCUGACAGCACCUCCGAGGACCAUUCAGCAAUCUUCACUUCCCACGAACGGCGCCCGCGGGCCGCGCCCGCCGCCGCAGUGACUGGGGCUUGGGCUCUCGACGGGAAUGGGAGGCAGAGGGCGUUUUGUUUGGUGCCCCUCCGACGGAGCCCGCCGCGGCGCGCCGCGGAACCCGCGCCGCAGACCAGCCUGGCGCAGAUGGCGUGCCCAGAGGUGGGCCCCCGAGGCGGGCCCGGGGGAGCCCUCCGCGCAUCCGGGUGGCGCACCUGGGGGCGGACCUGGGCGGCGUGCAGGACCUGGAGGACCACCCUGCGACACUGGGGAGCACCCGGCGACCAGGAGGGCACGGGGCGGAGCUGGAUCGCGGGCCCGGAGGAGCACGGCUGGGCGCCGAGGGCCUCGCCGAGGGGCUCCCACGUGGUGCACAGCGCGGCCAGCGUGCAGGACAUGGACCGCCAGACGGAGCUGAGUCCGAGGGGCACGGGCCGUCGCUUCCUGCUGUCCAUGGAGUUCCAGGCAUUCAUGACCGUCGUCAUCCUCGUGGACAUUGGUGCGUUCGUGGUCGAGGAGGUCAGGGCGAGGCGAGGUCAAGAAGUCCCCACGUGGGCCCUCUGCAUCAACACUGCCACUCUGGUCCUAUACUCUAUGGAAAUCAGUGGCAAGAUGAUCUGUUUCGGUCUCCGCGGCUUCUUCCGAGAUCUAUGGAAUGUCUUCGACUUGAUCAUCGUGGUCGUCUCCGCCGCGUACAUUGGCCCAGGGCCCGGCGGCGAACUCGUCGCCGCCAGGAUGACCAAAGUCGUCUUCAGGUUUGUCAGGGGCUGGCUGUUCACAAUGCGAAUCGUGCUUCGCCUCAGGCCGCUGAGCCAGGCGGCCAAGCACAAGGUGUCGACAAACAAGAUGAGGUACGUCGAUGUGGAUAACAACUUCGAUCUGGAUCUCACCUAUCCGAUCGCGAUUUAAUAGCCAUGGGAGUGCCGGCCGUUGGGUUCCUCAACAUAGGCACGUUCGCGCGGAACAAUUUGAGCGAGGUGGCCCGCUUCUUCGAGGUCAACCACAGAGGGCAUUUCAGAGUCUACAACGCUUGCCCGGAGAUGCCAUACCCCGAGGAGCCUUUCAUUCGGGUCGGAGGUAGCAUGUCGUGCUUCCGAAUCCAGGACCACAGUCCGCCCCGCAUGGAGCAAUUCAUCACAUUCCUUGCCGACGCGCGCGAGUUCCGCAGCAGAUCAGAGGACAAUUCGGCGGCGAGCGAGGCGGGGAAGUGAGAAAGAGAAGGUUUUCUCAGAAGGCGGCGGGACUUAUCAGAAGCCCUCGCGCCUUCUGAGAGGUUUUUGUCUGUCUUCGGCGGAAGGCUUAAACACUUCUCGGAAGACCGGGGAACUUCUGAGCCUUCUGAGAAGGCCUGCACCUUCUCACUUCCCCCCGGGCGCGCCGCCGAACAAUAUCAUCACGGUGCAUUGCAAGGCGGGUAAGGGGCGUACGGGUUCUUUGUGUUGCGCUUGGUUGCUUUACGCCAAGAGGCAGAAGACGGUGGACAAGGCUCUCAAGAUGUUCGCGCAGAGGAGAACCGACACGCGCAUCGGCAAGAAGCUGCGCGGUGUGGAGACACCGUCACAGGUCAGGUACGUGAACCAGGUGUUCCAGCAUUUGCAGAGGACGGAUGCAUGGUUUCACAGCCCAGCGCCGCCACCACCAGUCCCCACCCCUACAGCCACCUUGCAUAGGCUGAGAAUAGAUAGAAACUUCUUCGCGCAUCCAGAGAAGGUAACAGGCUUGCGCGUGUUGGUUCAGUGCUUCGAGGACUGCAGCAAUUUGACGGAUCCAGUGUUGGAGACGGAGGCGUUCGCUCCCAGCGAGUUGAGUGUGAGGCUGAACGACGUCGUUGUCAGAGGAGACGUCCGCAUCUCCCUGUUCGAAGACGAUGGGGAGGCUUUCAGUGCCCGUGAGGCGAUGCUGGCGGCGCCCGACAAUUUCAUGCAGGCCAGGAGCCUCUUGGCGUCCUUCUGCUUCCACACUGGCUUCAUGUACAGCAACGAGGAGGCGCCGCUGAGUUCCGACUUGUCCUGCGGACGCACGUUCACGGUCGACGUUUCGCAGAUGGACAAGGCUCACAAGAAGAUUAAGACCGAUAAGCGCGACGGGCGUUUCAAUAAAGGCGCUACGAUGGACCUCGGCUUCUCUGGUGGCUAUGUCCCCCCGCAUGAGACAGGCAGGUGCGACGCCGCUUUAGUAGCUACUGAGGCGCGCAGUCUGCAGGCAGGUGCGCGGGAGAGCUCCUUCAGUUCUUUGUCCUCUGCCGCCUCCUCCUCCGCCCCCUCCUCCUCCUCCCCACCCCCCUCCACCCAGAAUCAUGACAGAGCGGUGUCCAUUGAGCUAGCCCCGGUUUCGGCAAGAAAAAAA